CGCUGCUCACGCUCCAGUCCAGUAGGUGGCGGUAAUGCACCUUACGUUGGUUUGCCAAGCGCCAUUAAAACCAAAAGAAGAAGAAGCAGAGGCGUUUCGCGAGUGACGUCAGACCAACAUGGCUGAGCACUCUGUGAACAUCGACGCAGACAGCGAGGUGACUCUGAUCCUGGACCCAGAGAAGAGCACAUUUCUGGGUAAUGCUCCUCUGUACCAGUCAGCCGAUGACCCUACUACAUUCUACCUUGAUGAAGCCUUGACUGUCAGAGUGAACUUGUAUACUACUGUAACCAAGCAAGAGGAUAACGUGUACAUCGUGGAUGCCGCAACCCUGCCACAAAAUGAAUCUUUUGAUACAGAGCAAACCCUCUUUCUGAUCGAUUUGAUGCGCCAGCAGUUGGAAGCAGACGGCGAAAGUCUCCUUCGAGCUUUAAAGGAGUUCAAUCCCCGAAUAAAGUCGGGCAAAAGCCGCAAGAAACAUAUGUGGAGGGAGCUGGCUACUAGACUCUCCAAACACUUUGGACAGGUCUUCCAUCCUGAUCACGUGGCGAGAACAUGGUACGCUCUUGAGGACGAAUACAAAAAAGCGAAAGACGAUAAUAGAACGAGUGGUCAAGAAGCCGUGACGUUCCAGUUUUUUAGUGAGAUGGAAGAGCUGUUGGGCGGGCAUCAUGACGUCGAAUUUCCCGUCGUUGGCACGGUGAAAGGUGUAGAGGUGCGCAGGCCAAAGGCAUUGAAUGUGGACGGUGGAAGAGAAUCGCCUGCGACGGCGCACACGGGCUCGGCCACGCCAGCAGCAACACCAACGGCUUCAGCGACACCAACGCGACCUUCGACGCUCAAGCGGAGACGGAGAGAUGAGCACUAUUUGACUCUUCUGGACUUUUUAAAGGAAUCUACGGCAGCUCGGCGGCGGCGCCACGAGGAAACUCUGGCCCAGAUGAAAUCCGCUCAGGACGGGUUUGAGGCUCUGAUGAACAGAUUCCUGGACAAACUUUGACCUUCUCUGUGCAGCCACACCAAACGAACAUUCAGCUCUGCUAUUUCCUUUAUACUUUUUUUUUUUCAUGUGUAGUUGUUUUUGUUUGUUUGUUUUGCUAAUCUUUAAUGCGUAGUGUAGCGUAUAUGACUGAUGACAAUGCAAAAAGCAUUUUUUUAUACCAAUUUAGUUGCAAUUUAUUGUGCAAAAUAUACUUGCAUAACAUUUGACUUCCUGAAAACCUCAAGUAAAGGAGUUUACAAACUA